AUGGAUAACGGAUGCGAGGUUUUCGCAAAGCUUCCAAAUCCCAAUGCCGGGCCUGCUCAUUUCACAAUUGCAUCCGAGAUCGCUACACGCAAGUUACUUUCCGACGUGUUGAAGCUCCCUGUUACUCGAGUGCUAGCAUGGUCUUUUGACGCGGCAAGUACUCCUGUCGGGGCUGAGUAUAUCAUUGAAGAAAAAGCGCCUGGUGUUCGUCUCGGCUCUAUCUGGAGCCAAUGGCCCCGAAGUUCAAAGCUCCAAUUGAUCACCCAAGUGAUUGAUAUUCAAAAUAUAUUAACUAACGUGACUUUCGAUAUGCAUGGCUGUAUCUACUUCAAGGAUGAUCUCCGCUCCCUAGGCGAGGAACCCAAAGAAGCCAAUAUUCAGUCUGCUACCACCAGCGUCCCUGAUAUAUUUGCCAUAGGACCUCUCACUACCGGCGAAUUGUGGAAUGGGGUAAGGAGUGGCAUGGAUUUGGAUCGUGGUCCCUGGAAGGAACCUAGUGACUAUACUCGCGCACUGGGACAUAACGAGAUUGCAUACAUCAAGUCACAUGCAAUUCCUCGGAUGAACUAUUAUCGAUCGCUCAAAACCCAGGAAUAUCCCGACGAUGGUCUCGCUCUUUUGACCAAAUAUAUGAAAAUUGCAUCUUAUCUUACUCCUCAACCUACCAACAAAGCAGCAUCAAGCAACUUUUUAAUGCAUCCAGAUCUUCAUCUGAAUAACAUUUUCGUUGAUCCGGAGACCCUUCAAAUCACACGUAUCGUGGAUUGGCAAUCAGCAUGUGUUGCGCCAUUAUUCUAUCAUGCCAAUGUCCCAAAGAUGUGUGCCCACCAUGGGCCUCUUCAAGAAGGCUGGGUCGUUCCCGAAAGACCGAAAGACUUUGAUAAUCUGAGUGCAGAGGAACAACGCAAGAUUGACGCUGAUCUAGAGGGUGAGAUCCUUCACAAAUACUACGAGGCCCAGGUGUAUAAACGAUCCCCUCGUUACUGGUCUGUCCUUCAAAAUAAGAACAUCCCUAUCAUCCGAAAACCAGUUUGGCUCGUCACCGGAGCGUGGGAAAACCGCAAUCUGUUUUUUCUUCGCGAAUCACUCAUCUCGCUCUUCGCUGAGUGGGAAGAACUUGUUCCGGAUGUACCAUGUCCAAUAGAUUUUACCAUCCGGGAUGUUGAGCUUCAUUCCAAGGAACAGGAGAACAUAAAUGGUGUCGGGAAUUUGCUGACAUUGUUCCGAGAUGAAGGCGUGCUUCCAGUGGAUGGUAUGGUCGAUCCCAAAGACUAUGAUACAGCCCUCAAGAAUAGUCGGAAAUUCAAAGAUAUUUUCAUUGAGUUGGCCGAAGAUGACGAAGAGAAGGAAUUAUUCACGAAACUUUGGCCAUAUCAGGAACGAGCAGAUACCGAGAGUUGUGAUGGAUCAGCGCGGUAA